ACCUCCGUCUGACCUCCGUCUGGAGCUUCCUCUGGUCCUCCGUCCUCCGUGUCCGUCCUCGGACCCUGGUCCCCCAGGAAGAUGAUGCUCAGCGUGGCCCUGAUCUGGGGGGUUCUGGUCGGGUUCUGCUGUCUACUCUGGUUGGCGCUGGGAAUCAGACACAGGCGUCCCAACGAGCCGGCCGUGGAGAACGGCUUCAUCCCGUUCCUGGGCUGUGCGCUGCAGUUCGGGUCCAACCCUCUGCAGUUCCUGCUCAGCCGGCAGAAGAAGCAUGGCCACAUCUUCACCUGCAAGAUCGCCGGCCAGUUCAUCCACUUCCUGUGCGACCCGUUCUCCUACCACUCGGUGAUCCGGCAAGGCCGGCACCUGGACUGGAGGAAGUUCCACUUCGCCACGUCCGUCAAGGCGUUUGGCCAUGACAGCUUCGACCCGCGACACGGUCACACCACGGAGAACCUGCACCAGACCUUCCUGAAGACGCUGCAGGGCGACGCGCUGCCGUCCCUCAUCGAGACAAUGAUGGGACACCUGCAGGACGUCCUGCUCAAGUCCGACACGCUUAGUCCUAGCAAGGAACGCUGGCAGGUGGACGGCAUCUUCGCCUUCUGCUACAAGGUGAUGUUUGAGUCGGGCUACCUGACUCUGUUCGGGAAGGAGCUGGGCGAGGACCAGACAGCAGCUCGCCAGGAGGCCCAGAAGGCCCUGGUCCUCAACGCUCUGGAGAACUUCAAGGAGUUUGAUAAGAUCUUCCCGGCGCUGGUGGCCGGGCUGCCCAUCCACGUCUUCCAGAGCGCCUACUCGGCCCGGGAGAACCUGGCGAGGACGAUGCACGCCGACGUCCUGUCCAAGAGGACCAACAUGUCGGACCUGAUCUCCAUGAGGAUGAUCCUCAACGACUCCCUGUCGACCUUCAACGACCUCAGCAAGGCCCGGACCCACGUGGCUCUGCUGUGGGCGUCGCAGGCCAACACGCUGCCGGCCACAUUCUGGAGCCUGUUCUACAUGAUCAGGAGUCCAGACGCCAUGAAAGCAGCUUCUCACGAGGUCCAGAAGGUUCUGCAGGACUCCGGCUUGACCGUCGACCCCAGCGAGCCCAACCUGAACCUGAGCCGGGAGCAGCUGGACAACAUGCCGGUCCUCGACAGCAUCAUCAAGGAAGCCAUGCGUCUCUCCAGCGCCUCCAUGAACGUUCGCGUUGCCAAGGAGAACUUCCUGCUCCACCUGGACAACCAGGAGGCGUAUCACAUCAGGAAGGACGACGUGAUCGCGCUGUACCCGCCCAUGCUGCACUACGACCCCCAGAUCUACGAGGAUCCAUACGAGUUCAAGUUUGACCGGUUCCUGGACGAGCAGAACCAGGAGAAGACCACGUUCUACCGCGGCGGCCGGCGGCUACGCUACUACUUCCUGCCGUUCGGCUCCGGCGUCACCAAGUGUCCCGGCCGGUUCUUCGCCCUGUACGAGAUCAAGCAGUUCCUGUCCCUGGUCCUGGCCUACUUCCACCUGGAACUGCUGGACCCGGCCUCCAGGGUCCCCCCUCUGGACCAGUCCCGGGCCGGCCUGGGGAUCCUGCAGCCCAGCUAUGACGUGGACUUCAGGUACCGGCUGAAGACCGGGUCCUAGACCGGGUCCUGGACCGGGACCGGGUCC